AUGCCUGGGGAGCAGCCCCGAGGAGCACCGCCCCCAACCAUGACGGGAGACCUGCAGCCCUGCCAAGUCGCCAGAGGCCUGGGGCGCCCCUCCCAGCCCCCCCGCGAGGACCACGCCCCAGCCAACAGGGCCACCAAGGGCACGAGAGAGGCUGGCAGCGGGGCCCAAGCAGUGGAGUCCCCUGAAGCCCAGCCAAGGCAGACCAGGGAGGGGAAGCCUACGGCCUCACUCCUGAGAACCCAGGCCCUGAUCAGCCCCCCUGGGAAGGAGGGCAGUCCCCGGGCCCCGCCAGGGAGGAGCCAGGCACAGGGUCACACGCGGCUGGCAGGCAGGGCCGACAGCAGCACCCAGCAGCUCUACGGUCUGAGUAUUGCCAGCUCAAGGGCCAAGCCCACCCCAGACGAGACCCCUGAGAGCCCGCAGCUCAAGGCCCUCGAGGCCCCAGAGGCAGAAGCCCCCCAGGGCCACAGGGCUGGAGCUCACCUCAGGCCCAGCCUCCCACAGGCCGGGGCCCCUCCUGCCCCUGAAGAGCUCAGUUUCCAAAGGUGCUUCCAGGAGACCCCCUCCAGCUUUACCUCUACCAACUAUACCUCACCAAAUGCCACCCCCGGGCCCCCACCCCUGAGGGCCCCCCAGAGCAGCGGGGCCAGCCCCUGCAGGCCAGCCUCCUAUCCAGAAUUCCAGGCCGACAGGACCAACUCCUGGCCUCCCGCUGCUGAGAACAGCUUCCCAGGUGCUAAUUUCGGGGUCCCCCCCACUAAAUCAGAGCCCUUUCCUGAAGGCAGCAGGCCCAGCAGCCCUGGUAUGGUCUCUUUCCAGUACCCCUUCCCGGCUCUGCCCAGGGCCGGCCCAAAUUCCUUUCCUGCAGACACAGCUGGACAGGAGUACGGCAACAGGGCACUGGCGUUUGCCUUCCACCAGCCCCCAGGAGCGUGGCCGGAGGGCACCGUGGGUGCCAGCCCAGCCUACUCACUGCCCACCCGGCCCACUCACUGCUACCCAGGCCAGCCAGGCAGCCUCAACUCCCCCAGCGACCUCACCAGUACCCUCUCUCCACCUGGUGCUGCUCACCCGGCCCCGAGCCCCUUCCCGGAUGGUUUGCACAAGAGCCUGACCAACACCCUUCCCGAAAGACCACCUUCAGCCCCUGAUGGGCUGGGGAGCCCAAACUCCCUACCCCAGAGGCACUUUGCAGGGCAGGUGUACAGAACCAGUGGGGUGGGCACCAGCCCAGGGCCUCUGGACACCGAGCUGGCCCACCCAGGGCCACCACCCACCAGACUGCCCCUGCUGUGGGACCCCACAGCAGCCCCUUACCCCAUACCUCCCCUGGGCCCUCCAGCAGCUGCCGCCAGGGCCACGUUCUUUGGUGACCAGCCCAGCCCCAGCCAAAGGCUCUGCCUCCCGCCAAGUCCCCCCCUGCCUUGGCCCCAUGUGAUCCCACCCACCACACCAAGCCCCCACCAAGUGGAAAUGCUGAGCCGGCUGCCUUUCCCCGUGGGGGUCCCUGAGUGGCCUGGAGGCAGCCAGGGAGCCCCAGGUGCUGCUGCCGGCAAGACACUCACGCCUGGGGAGAACCUGGUGGUCGUGAGAAGCAGCCCCGGCCAGCCAGGCAGCUCUCCUGGUCUGUUCUCCUACAAUGGGCUGAAAGACCCUGGAGCCCAGCCCCUGUUCUUUGGGGUGGCCCAGCCCCAGGUUUCGCCCCACGGGACCCCCAGCCUGCCCCCACCCAGGGCAAUGGGAGCAUCCCCCAGCGAGUCUCCACUGCCGUCACCCGCCACCAACACCGCAGGCAGCAGCACCUGCUCAUCCCUCUCGCCGCUGUCCAGCAGCCCAGCCAACCCCAGCUCCGAGGAGAGCCAGCUCCCCGGCCCACUCGGGCCUUCAGCCUUCUUCCACCCCCCGACUCAUCCCCAGGAGACCAGCAGCCCUUUCCCAUCCCCCGAGCCCCCACACGCCCUCCCCACCCACUACCAGCCAGAGCCGGCCAAGGCCUUCCCUUUCCCUGCAGACAGGCUGACGGCCAAGGGUGCCUUCAAGUGCCUGGAGGAGGCCCCGUUCCCCGGAGAGGGCCCUGAGGCGGGCAAGGGGCGGCUGUCGGGCUUCCCCCAGGAGCCUCCCCCAUACUCGGGCCACCACUUCUCCCUCAGCAGCGCCAGCCUGGACCAGCUGGACGUGCUGCUCACCUGCAAGCAGUGCGACCGCACCUACAGCAGCCUGGCGGCCUUCCUGGCACACCGGCAGUUCUGCAGCCUGCUCCUGGCCAGGGCCAAGGAUGGCCACCCACAGCCCCCCAACCCCCCAGGGCUCCCUGCACCCACCGCCACCCCCAUGGCACCCACUGACGUGCACCCAGGCAUGCUCAACCACACCAAGCCUGUCCCCUUCCUGUUAGCCGGAGAAGUCCAGGCAGAGGUCAAAGAUGACCCCCUGAGGACAAGUUUCCUGCCCGGCCUGGCUGCCACCCCCUUCCCGCUCCCUGCCUCAGACCUGGACAUGGAGGACGACGCCAAGCUGGACAGCCUCAUCACCGAGGCGCUCAACGGCAUGGAGUACCAGUCAGACAACCCGGAGAUCGACAGCAGCUUCAUUGACGUCUUCGCCGAUGAGGAGCCCUCCGGCCCCAGAGGCCCCAGCGCUGGGCAGCCCCUCAAGACCAGGGUGGGGGCGACUCCAGAAGACAAAGCCCAGCUCCCACUCCCAGCCGUGGCUGCCACACCAAAGCCCCAAGCCCCCUGCCCUGGGGACAGGGGCUACCCAGCCCGAAGCAGACCCAAAACCCGCUCCCUGGGUCUGGCACCAGCAGAGGCAGAUGCAACUAGCCUGGUCAGGCGGCAGAGGCGUGGGAAGCAGUUUAAAUUGUUCCAGAAAGAGCUGGACACAGCCGGUCCUGCCAAGGGGCCCAGCGGGGGCACCAGAGCUGCCUGCCUGAGGCCACGGAGGAAGGGCACCCGGGCACAGCGGCCCCCGCCCCGUCCCCGGGACCUCAGAGCUCAGGCUCCCAAGAGCCAAGCGGACCCUGAGAACCGGACCCUGAGAGCCACCCACCUCGCUAAGGAGACCAGGAGCUCCAGGCGCCCCCGACUGCCCCCCAGGAAGGACGGCAGGAAGAGGAGGGCUCAGGGCGGCACCUGGAGCAAAGAGCUCAUCCACAAAAUCGUGCAGCAGAAGAACCAAUUCCAGGAGUACGACUACGCCUCUGAGUCCGAGGAGGACGAGCGUCCGCGGCAGCGGGGCCCUGGCUUCAGAGGCCGGCCCCGCCAUGGGUGCCGGCGGUGGUGCCGCAGCGAGAAGAGGAAGGAAGCAGACUUGACCCGGGGUCCCCGAGUGGAUGAGGGACAGCAGAAACCCAGGACAGUAGUGAGGCAGCAAACCAGGGAGCCACACAGGCCUGGCCCAGACCCCAGCAAGAGUCCGGAGACCCACAGUCCUUCGCGAAGACAAGAGGCUAGAGUGACCCCCAUGGAAAGAGUCCCCACACCUGCCGAUCACCCCACAGAGGCAUCCCAGCAUCCCCCAGAGGCUCCCACCAACACCAAGACCCCUGAGGAAAACCACCCGUCGCUGGACGUCCCCCAAGAGGCCAAGAAGCCUGAAAUUGCUGAAGAGUCACCCCCCAACGCCACAAAACUCAGACAGGGUUUGAGUCCUUCUCCAGCCCUGAGUGUGAGAGAAAGGCCCAUGCUCCCAACUUCAGAGCAGCCACGACCUGGCACAGAGGACUCUGGCAGACCCACAGUGCUCCCGGUGUCCUGCGACAGAGAGGACCUCCCUGCCUCCCAGCCAGGAGAACUGGCGUCCGCUGCUCACAGCAUCAAUGCUGCCUACCCCGAACCCAGCCUCCUGUUUCUGCAGAACUCUGAUCUCAGCUGUGACCCUGCAUGUUUUAGUGGAGACUCUGUGCAGGUUCCUCUUGACAAAAAAGGGUCCCAGUCCUACAGCAGCUCCCCCAGCGAAUUGUUCCUUGGACCCAAAGUCCUGGCUGGCUGUUUCCCUGAGGACGUGCACUCCAAAUCCUCAGCCGUGGACACACUGCCAGCCAGCAGCUCCUACCUUUGCCAGGAUGGUGUGGAUGCCAACUCCCUUGAGCCAAAACCACCUAAGAAUCCACCUUACACAGCUGAAGCAGACCCAGGUAAAGCCGAAUCACCACUGACCUUGGAGUCCACGUCCCUCUUUUCAGGGCUGCCCGCGGACGGAUUCGAGCCACCUCUCUACGACAGCCUGUCUGCUAACAGGGACACCCAUAUGCCCUUGGCAUGUGCCAACCUUCCCCCGAAGAAACCCCCAUCAGAGCCACCAUACCCCUCGUUUCUGCUGCUGGAGGAAGCAUCCUCCAUGCUGCCCAGCCACUUUCCUGACCUCGCAGGGGGAAAGGCAUUCCAUGAGAAGGGUCCCCACGAAGGGACAGCAGUCCCCAGCCCUCCCCCUGGGCCUGGAAAGGGAAGUGAAUGUAACGUCCCUUUUGUGAGCAAUCUGUGCGAGGAUGAAUUAGAGAUCAAAAGGUUGGUCACUGAAUUAGAAAGUCAACUGCAAAGCAGCCAUAGCAGCCAUGGGGCCCCACGAGAGCCUGGAGGGACUGAGAGCGUGGGCAGGGCACACAUGGGCACAGAGCCGUCCUCCCCGCUGCCCGCCCCCCAGGCCUCCCCUCCCCACGAGCAUGCGUUCUCAGCAGUCGACCUUACGGGUCUGGGGGAAUCAAGUCCACAUCAGGAAGGUGCAGGAGCAGCUGUGGCCGCCACGGAAGGGACUCUGGGGAGCCCCCCUGGAGAGUGGCCCUGCCCGGCCUCACUCCACCCAGGAGAAGCAGCCCUGCCCCCCAGCACCCACGAAGACCUGGCUUCUGGGGCUCCUUUCAGCCACUUGGGGACCAGCCUCAGAGUCUCCAAGGCAGGAAGAGACUCUGGGGUCCCCCUAGGUGUCUGUUUCCCUGACCCUGGGAAGCCACCAGAGCCCCUGCGGGACGCUGGGAGUCCAGCAAAGUGCAGCCCAAACUGUGAGCUUCUACUUCCUAGAAGUAAAGAGACUGCCAGAGCACAAGGAAGCCAGGACAGCCCGCUGUGGCCACCGCCCUGUGAACAGAGAGGAGGGCUUUCCCCAGAACCCCGCAAGGCAGAUGGGCGCUGCCAAGACUCCCCUGCACUGGAAGCCUUCGGCAGCCCCGUGGGCCCCCUGGCACCUGUCUUGGUGCUUCAGGGUGAUGUGCCUCUGCCUCCGGCUGCCACACCACCUCCUGGUUUCAGCAACAGUGGUGCUGUCCAGGGACGCUCUGUAGGUAGAGCAGGUGGGCCCAGGGGAGCUAGGCUCCCCCACCACAUGGUAGAGGGGCCUGGCUUUGAGUGUAAAGGGUUUUUGCCAGGAGGAGCCUCCCCACUGACUCCCCUCCAGGGUGGGGAGGCAAGGUUUGUCCCCAUGCUGAGUCCUGCCUGCGUACCCGACGCUGGCCCUGGCAGGAGGUCCCAGGACCCAGCCUCGAGCCCCUCAGAUCAACCCCAGCUCCUGGGGGCCAGAGCAACUGAGAGCAAAGAAGACACCCAAGGCUUGCAGGGGCCACCACCUGCCAACACCCAAGGCCUGCAGCAAGGAGACUACUCUUCAGACCCAGAAAGGGAGAGUGUAAAUGGUGGGAAGGUGGCUGGCAGCCCUGGCCGGGGCUCCCAGGGAGGUACACAGGUGACAGCUGUCCCUGCAGUGGCCGGACGUCAGUUGGGGCCUGAAACAGAUGGACACAUGGGCUCGCCUGGCCAAACCGAGAAGCCCAAGGAUUACAGCAAAGCCAGUGGGUUCCGGCCAGAUACCUGGGGGAGCCCGGGGGGGCAAGACAACUUCACCUCGGUCAGCGCUGAUCCUGAGACUGCAGGGGCCAGGCCCGCUGAGGGUGAGCAUGAACUGGGGGAAGGCAGGGAGGCCCAGGGCCUUCAGAAUGAGGCACGGCACACCCCAAACCCCACCUCCCCUGAUGGAGAAUCCUCAGAGCCAGCCUUGACAGCAGCCUCCUCCCAAAAUGGGCCCAAGGACCAGAGUCCACAGAAGGCGUCCAGCGCAGGCCAUAACACACAGCUGCUGCUUGCUGGGGACCUGGCUGCCUGUGCCCCCUUACCCUCCUCUUCAGCCACCCCCACUGUCUGCAGCCUCGAGCACCUGCCCCAGGAAGACCCUCCCAUCCCACCUUCUGGUGCCAGGGAUGCCAAAGGUGAGCGGAGGGGGCAACUGCCAGCUUCUCCAUCCUGCAGGGAUGCCUCCAGCCCCCAGCAUCUGCCAGCCUGCUCCCCUGCCUGGGAACCUCUGGAAGAGGCCAACUGUGUCCAAGCCCGCCCAGAUGCUGUGGUUUGGGGGCCUCCGGUGGCUGUCCUGGCUUGCCACCCUCUCCUGGGGGACAGCAGCCUGCUGGAAGAUCCUCCUGCAUGCCAGCCUCGCUUCGUCAAUGUCUUAACCUCCAUCUGUUGGGGGGAUGGCCCUAAAGAGAACACGUUAAGAACUACAGAAGAUUCCAGAAAACAGAGACCGAGGGGGUCUCCUGCCUGUGCUGCCCCUCCUCCUUCAGUGGGGGCCGUCUCCCCACAAGUGGACGUCAAGACUGCUGGCCCAUCCAGCAUUCCUGCCAAAGAUGAGACAGAGGCGGUCAGAGGGUCUCAGGUACCAGACACCCCCUGCAGGGGAGCCCCACCCCACUCCAGCCCAGGCAGGAUGCCCAAGGGCCCCUCUUCAGACCCCCCAAGCAAAACUGCCAACCUUGGCCACAGGGAAGGCCAGGAGGUCACAGCAGUGCCCACUGACCCUACCACGCUGGGGACAGCAGGGCCAGAGUCCCAUGCCUGCCUGGAAAGUGAGGCAGAGGCUGGCCACAAAGGACUGGAGGACCCAGGGACACCUGAGGCCGGGCACUCUGGUAUCACAAAGGUGCCCAGAGGUGGUUCCACAGGCUCAAUAGGCCCCUGCCCUUCUGCAGGACUCCACUUGAGCAGAGCCACCUCUCCAAGCAGCACAGCAAGAGACUUCAGGUGCAACUCCCCCCAAAGCCACAAAAAUGUCCCCCAACAGACACCCAAGGGGGGCCCCAUCAGUCCCCAAGAUCCCAAACAAAGGCCCCGUGGCUUUAAAAAGAAGCCUGUGUCCAUGGAGAAUGGCCACUGGAAGGGUCGUGCCCUUGGCGGGCCUCCUGUGACCUGUGAGGUCUGUGCAGCCUCCUUCCGCUCUGGGCCAGGACUCAGCCGGCACAAAGCCAGAAAACAUCAGCCUCACAGAGGGGCCACCUCCAAGCCGAGCCCACCAGUCCAGCCCCGAGAACCCACAGUCCAAACGUGCCAGACCCCGGGGAAGAAAAGCCACAAGGGGCCUGGGAAGGAGAGACCUAGGCUAGCAGGCCCCAGCCGUGCCACUGGGCCUCCUCCCAUCCAGGGCUCUGCAGCUCCUGGAGACACCCUGGGUCCUGAGCCUUCAAAGGAGGGUCAGCAGGCGCUUGGCAUUAUCGGGACCCCAGACUCUCCACCCAACCAGCAACCACAUCCCCCAGGCCUGAUGCAGCAAGGGGUGUGUGUGAAGCCCACAGGCUUAGAGCCCAAGAGACCAGACCAGGCAGAAGAGGAUACUCUCCAUCCCAAACAGGCAGAGAACAGAGAAGAUCAGAGGCAGAGCAGAGUGCCCACGACCUCCCCCCGCAACAGGAAAUCAAACAAGAAAGUGGCAAAGCUGAGAGUGAGAAGGUUCCGGGAACAGAGCACUCCCCAGGCCUCUCCUGAUGUGAUUUCAGACAGGCGCUGCUCAAAUCCAUCAACUGCAAUUGCCAAUUACACGGCCCGUCUGAGCUGCUGCCUCCCAGCAGCGGGGGAGCGUGAGGCCAAUGUGGGGCAGCCCCCUGGCUCAGCCAUGCCAGGGCCCCGGGUAGUGGAGGAUGCCAUAGAGAUAUCGCCCAGAGGCUGGAUGAUGCGUCCAGGGAGGAUGGAGGGAGCAUCUCCUGGGGACAGGGCAUCGGGCAUUUGCAAAGAGCCAUCGCAGGCAGCCGGGAGCAAGCCCACAGAGGACAGCAGAGGAGCUGAGAGUGGGUCAGGGGAAGGCAUUUGGGAGGGGCACGGGCCCCGCUCAGACCCCCCGGAUCCUCCUGAAACUCCCAGUUCUGAAGCAGGCAGCUGCCUCCAGGGGCCUGAGGGCACUGCUCCUGAAUCCCCCAGCCCGGGUUCCAGGGACCCUCUGGGCUUGUUUGAUGAUGAGACCUCCUUUUCCCAGCUCUUCCCUCUGAGCGGCCGCCUGACUCAGAAGAAGAACCUCCGCGUCUACGGGAAGCGCUGUCAAGAGCCAAAGCGACCGCCCCCCCAGCCAAGCAGUGGGGUUGGGGGUGGCCCCCCACUGUGCCCCACCCGCCUGCCCACAGACCUCAGUGACUCUGGCUCCCUCUGCCUCUCCCACGAGGACCUGUGGGACGACGAGGCCACGGGACUGCCGGAGUCCUUCCUCCUGGAUGGGUUUCUCAACAGCAAGGUGCCAGGCAUUGACCCCUGGGCCCCCAGCCUGUGCCUGUGGACCCUGGAGCCCAACAGGGAAGCCGACGGAGCCGAGGAGGCAGUCUCCUGCUGCUCCGAGGACGAUCGGUCAGAGACCAUCCCUGAACUGCACAUGGUCCCGGCGGCUUGGCGAGGUCUGGAGCUGCGGGCCCCUGCUGAUGAGACAUCCUCUUCUCUUGGAGACAUGAGCCCAGAGCCCCCCAACCUGGAGAGAGAACGAUAUGAUGGUGGGCUCUCUGGGAAUGCUGGUCUGCUGCCGCUUCAUGCUGUGGACUUUGAGCUGCUCAGCACCAAGUUUGAGGUGCAAGACCUGUGCUUUCUGGGACGCUGUGACGACCUCGUGGAUCUCUCCAGCAAGAGCUUCUCAGACUUCAAGGCCACAAUGAAUGCACAGGAGCCACGAAACAAAAGGACAGAAGAGGCGGCCAGGGAAAGAAGGGCCCAGGGCAGAGACCGGCCUGCUAAAGGCAGGCAGGCCCCCUAUAAGUGCAAGGUAUGUUUCCAGCGCUUCCACGGCCUGGGCGAGCUGGACCUGCACAAGCUGGCCCACAGCGCCUCGCCACCGCCCACCUGCCACCUGUGCGUGGAGCGCAGGUUCGGCUCGCGUGAGCUGCUCCGGGAGCACCUGCAGGAGAAACACCUGCCAGGCAAGGCAGGGCCAUGGGCCUGCGGCAUGUGCCUGAAGGAGGUUGCUGACAUCUGGAUGUACAAUGAGCACCUGCGAGAGCAUGCUGUCCAGUUUGCCCGCAAGGGGCAGGCGCGGAGAUCCCUAGGGGACCUGCCCGGGGGCUUGGAGGGGGACAGCGCCGUCACGCGCUUCCUCAACAGCAUAGUGGAGCAAGCCUCCAAACCCCACAGGGUCAAGCACUCAAGAGGCAGGGCCGGAGGGAGCCCCGAAGAGACACGGAAGCAAGAGAGGGGUGCUGGGAGAGAGACUGCCAGGGAGAGAGCCAGGCCGGGGGACCUGCCCGGGGGCUUGGAGGGGGACAGCGCUGUCACGCGCUUCCUCAACAGCAUAGUGGAGCAAGCCUCCAAACCCCACAGGGUCAAGCACUCAAGAGGCAGGGCCGGAAGGAGCCUUGAAGAGACACGGAAGCAAGAGAGGGGUGCUGGGAGAGAGACUGCCAGGGAGAGAGCCAGGCCCAGGGCGUGGGCCGAGUCCUCAAACCAGGAUGGCGCCUGGACGCCAGACAGCAUCCUGGCCGACUGCGGCAGCCUGUCCCCCUGCGAGAACCCCACUCCAACCAGUGGCUCUGCCACCCUCCCGGGCUCCACCAAGACAUCCCCCAGCCUGUCCCCAGACCGCUGGUGCAGCAGCGAGCCCCUCCUCCAAGCCAUUCCGGUGCAUGAGGACUGCAAGGACCCCUCCCGCGACUGCCACCAUUGCGGGAAGCAGUUCCCCAAGCCCUUCAAGCUGCAGCGCCACCUGGCGGUGCACAGCCCGCAGCGCGUCUACCUGUGCCCCCACUGCCCCGGGGUCUACCCGGAGCCCCACGAGCUGCGCGCACACCUGGGCGGAGUGCACGGGGUGCAGGAGGAGCGGGAGCUGCCGUACACCCCGCUGUACACCUGUGAGCUCUGCGCCAACGUCAUGUGUGUCAUCAGGAGGUCCUUCAUAUGCAGCACCUGCAACUACACCUUCGCCAAGAAGGAGCAGUUCGACCGGCACAUGGACAAACACCUGAGGAGGGGGCAGCAGCCCUUCCCCUUCCGUGGCGUGCGCAGGCCCGGAGCCCCCCGGCAGAAGGCCCCGGCCCUCGAGGGCGCACUGCCCCACAAACGGCGCAGGGUGGCCGUGCCCAGCAGCCCCGCCCUGGGCCAGGGGUCCCUCCCAGCCCUGCUCCAGCUCUGCCUGGAGGUGGCUACCAGCACCUCCCAGGGAUGGCCCGAGACCCAGGAGAGGCUCAUGGAGCCCGUGGACCACCCAGCCAGGGAGGCCGAUCCGCCGGCUGACCACCAGGAGCUCCCUCCACUGUCUCUGUCUUCUUUCCCAGCUGCUUCGGCUGAUGGCAAAGGCGGCCACCAGCCAGAUGGAGCCUUGGAGAGGCCUGAAGUCACAGCCUCCCCAGGCAGCCCUGAGCCUCUUCUCCAACAAGCUCUCCCUUCGCGGGCAUCCCUGGCCCAGUCAGGCACAAGGGGCCAAGAUGCAGAGGGAAAGAGGGCUCCUCACCUGUUCUCAGGGAAACACAGGACCCCAAGCGCCCGUGGCAAAUGUGCACCUGACCAUUCCCCAGAAGGCUCCUCCCUGCUCGUGUCCACAUGUCACGUGCUGCCUGAGGGAGGCACAGGGGGCCCCUCCCACAAGGGCCAUGCCACCAAGCCUGGGGGCUGCCGGAGUUCAUGGAAAGACAGGUCAGCUGAAUCCACCCCCAGCAAAGUGCCCAAGUUCCCAGUGCACCCGAGGAAGUCUGUGGGGAGCCCGGCACCCAGAGAGCCACCCCAUGGCACUGAGGACAGGAUGAAGCCCAACACCCCCAAAGCCACACCAGGCCCUAGCUCCCAAGGUAGUGGGGGCUCACGCACCAGUGUCAAGAUGGGUGGAGGCAGCCAGCCCCAGCCAGCCAGCGGACAGCUGCAGAGUGAAAUGGCCACCACCCUGGCCAAGCCCAGCUGCCCCAGACGGAGCCCUGCAGCAGACAAGCCCCCACCUCGAGCCCAGGCCAGGGCCUGCACCAAGGAGUUCCAAGGGAGCCCAGGUCCCAGGGAAAAGGGACAGACCAGUGAGAAGAGGAGAAGGGGCCAGGCCUUGGGCCCAGCCAGGAGUGAGGGUGUGGGGAGCUUGGGGAAUGCCCCCUUGGCCCCUGAGAAACCCACCCGGACCCCUCGGAAGCAGGCAACCCCCAGCCGCCUGCUACCUGCCAAGCCCAGACCCAGCAGUUACAGCAGCAAGACCAGGCUGCAGCUCUCAGAGCAGCGGAAGGGGGAGCCCAGCCACACACACAGGAAGGAGGGGCUGGGCAAGGCCUUCCCUUUGGCGAGACCCCUGCUCAGGCCCCCUAAGAGGGGCAGCGCUGUCCGUGGUGCUGAGCCUGCCGACCCCCGCGACUACCGGACCGCCGAGUCCCAGAGUGACGUCCUCAGCCAGCUCUUCGGGCAGAGACUAACUAGCUUCAAGAUCCCUUUGAAGAAAGACGCUGCUGAGUAAUUUAUACAAGCAAGUGCCUGUGAGCGGAGCCAGUUCAAUCCCAGCCAGUGGGGGCUCCCGUUCUCUGAGAUGGCUCACUGUGUGGCCAUCCACCUGCUUUGGUUGCCCUGACUUAUCAUGCACGUGCUCAGACUUUGGUGUCAGAGCCGAGACUGUGGCACUCUGAGCAGGGCCUGGGGUGGACAGUACUCUCUUUCUUGAUGGAAAACUGCACAUGAGGGUCAGGCCAGCUGCAGCCCCUCUGAGACCACACAGCUGUUUUCUCGGUACCAAGUACUUGAAGAGAGAACAGCUCACCCCUGCCCCAGCCCCGUGUGCCCUGUUGGCAUGGUGCCAUACACUGCAGAGCCCAACAAUUGAAGAUUUGCACAGACCCCCCUCCCAUCUAGCAGGGAAGUAAGUCGAGGCAGCCGAUCAGACGGUGACAGUUUCCCUCCUCAGUCUUGUUGCUGCUGUUGCUGGAAUUCCAAAGUGACCUUAGAAAUCACGGGGGUAGGGCAGGGCUCUCCACUCAGAAGAGCCAUUUCUGAGCCGCCUGGUCCCAAGAGCACAAUAGGCCUUCUCCCUCUGACCACAGGGUCGUGCCCACGCUGUUCGCGCUGCCCGUGGACAUGCCCAUCUCUAGCACACCUUGACCCCCCGGGACCAGGUUCCCAUAUGGAACGUGGAGAAAACUGCUCAUCUGCUGGCCCUCACCCGCUCUCCCUCCCCAGAACCCCACCCCCACCCCCCCAGCCUCUA